AGGAUAGAGAAAAGGUUCAGGAAGUGCAGAGAGCAAAGUGUCAGCAACUGAUGGCAUAGAUGAAACAGAAUUUAAACGUGCUCCGACCUUUAGAAAAUCUCUUACCUUUGCUGAUCACUUGGGCAGCACUUGCAUUACAAAACCGAGAAGUUCCUCUACACCUGCUAUGCUUUCCAGUCAAAAAAGUGCAGCACCAAAACCCGAUCAUCCAACCAUUAAACCUGGGACUGCAGGAAGAACUAACGAGCAUGCAGUUCCAGAGACAGAGCAGAUAAAAGAGAAAGCUUGGGAGAAGGAUGAGAUGGCCAAGAUCAAAGAACGGUAUAUGAAGUUGAAAAGUACUACACUUGCCUGGGAGGAAAAGAAGAAGAAGAAAGCCAAGAACAAGCUGGACAGAGCAGAGAGAGGAUUGGAGCGAAAAAUAGCACGAGCCUUACUAAAUUUAGAAAAGAUAAGGAGUAUAUCAAACAAGCAGAAGAUGGAGCAAGAGCACAGGCAGAGGCAAGCCAGAGAAAUGAACUUAAAGCAAAGGAAAAAAACAAAUAUAAUUAGAACAACAGGAGAGGUUCCAAGGACGUGCAUCUGCUGCUGAAUGUAACAAAUAAUGAGUCUUAAGUCAUCUUCUUCACAAUGCACUUUCUAAGACAGAAAAACACUUCAUGUCCUCAUUAAAUAGUAGUAGAUCAGAAGCAAUGAGACAAGCAUAAGACAUAAGAAGAGAGCUGAACCAUUUAAAUUGUUAAUAAGAUGGAAGUACUAGAUAUGA